AUGUCUGCUACCGCCAACGGCCGGGCCAAGCCCAAUCUUCCAGUUGCAGAUCGCAUGCACACUGGUCGUGCGAUGGCACAGGAUGUGUGGUCUAUCUACAAUGCCGCGAACCUACCGGCCGACUGUAUCAAUCUUGGCCAAGGGUACAUGAACUUUUCGCCUCCGCAAUGGAUCAAGGACGCUGCCGAUACCGCGCUGGCCACUACGAUCGCGAAUCAUUACUCGCACCCCAAAGGCCGCGUGAGGUUGCGUGAAGCUAUCAGGGACCACUACAGCCCCGAGUUUACGAACCUCGGUCGCCCACUGGACAUCGAGUCUGAAAUUCUAGUCACAAGCGGCGCAAAUGAGGGUCAAUAUUCUAUGUUUACGGCCUUCCUCAAUCCAGGCGACGAAGUCAUCAUGUUCGAGCCCUUCUUCGACCAGUACCUCCCGUCUGUGACAUUCAACGCUGGCGUCCCCGUCUAUGUCCCCCUCCACCCUCCCAAGGGGGACUCUGACAAGCCAACGAGCGGAGAGUGGACUAUUGACUUUGACGAGCUCCGGCGCUCGAUCACCCCCAAGACCAAGAUGAUUAUCGUCAAUACACCCCACAACCCCGUGGGCAAGGUAUUCACUCGUUCGGAGCUCGAGAAGAUUGCAGCUCUCGCCGAGGAGUUCAAUUUAAUUGUGAUGAGUGACGAAGUGUACGAUUGCCUUGUGUUCGACGAUAAGGAGCAUGUCCGUAUCGCUACACUGCCUGGAAUGUGGGACCGAACGGUCACAGUCGGCUCAGCAGGCAAAUCCUUUGCUGCUACCGGCUGGCGUAUCGGCUGGCUCAUUGGGCCCCCCGCUCUGAUUGGGCCGACUCUAGCCGCGACUACGCGCAUUGUAUUUUGCACCAACUCGCCGCUCCAGGAAGCCGCUGCCGCAGGCCUCGAACAAGCCAACAAGCGAAACUUUUUCGAGACUCAGCGGAAAGAGUACAAGAGCCGGCGUGACGUGCUUUUGAGUGCGUUUGACAGGCUCGGGUUGCGGUAUACUGUGCCCGAGGGCAGUUAUUUCGUACUUGUGGAUAUCUCGAAGUUAAAGAUUCCUGAUGAGUAUAACUAUCCAGCUUCUCUGGAUGGACGUGGCAAGGAUUUCAAGGCGAGUUGGUUCAUUGCGCAGGAGCUCGGUGUCUCGACGAUCCCGGUCAGCGAAUUCUACUGUGAGGAGCAUCGGGAGAUUGGAGAGGCAUAUAUUCGAUUCGCGUUCUGCAAAGACGAAGAAACUUUGAAGCUGGCUGGCGAGCGUCUUGCUGGGCUCACCAAGUAUCUUGCAUAG